CUUCCUGUUUACAGUGUACGUCACGACUGCAGUCCGAGGCCACGCCCCCUUCUCAUUGACGGCAAAAUGGCGACGGAGAGCGGUGAUGCUGUGAACAUGGACCCUGACAUCGAUCUGCUCAGUGACGAGGAAAUAGAGAGGGAGGCAGAAGGCUUCAAAGAGCAAGGCAAUGCCUUUUACAUCAAGAAGGAUUAUGAAGAAGCUUUCAACUAUUACACCAAGGCCAUUGACAUGUGUCCCAAAAAUGCAAGUUAUUAUGGGAAUCGAGCCGCCACACUCAUGAUGCUGUACCGGUACAGAGAGGCUCUGGAGGACGCGCAGCAGUCGGUGCGACUAGACAACAGCUUCAUGAAGGGCCAUCUGCGGGAGGGGAAGUGCCACCUGUCGCUGGGGAAUGCCAUGGCCGCCAGACGCUGCUUCCAGAAGGUUCUGGAGCUGGAGCCAGACAACGGCCAGGCCCAGCAGGAGCUGAAGAACGCGGAGGCCAUCCUUGAGUACGAGAGAAUGGCGGAGAUCGGCUUCGAGAAGAGAGACUUCAGGAUGGUUGUGUUUUGCAUGGACCGUGCCUUGGACUUCGCCUCAGCCUGCCACAGAUUCAAGAUCCUGAAGGCGGAGUGCCUGGCGCUGCUGGGGCAGUACCCCGAGGCGCAGUCCGUCGCCAGCGACAUUCUCCGGAUGGACUCCACCAACGCAGACGCCCUGUACGUGCGCGGCCUGUGCCUGUACUACGAGGACUGCAUCGACAAGGCCGUCCAGUUCUUCGUGCAGGCGCUGCGCAUGGCGCCCGACCACGACAAGGCCCGGCUGGCCUGCAGAAACGCCAAAGCACUGAAGGCCAAGAAGGAGGAAGGGAACAAAGCGUUCAAGGAGGGGAGCUACGAGGCGGCGUACGAGCUGUACUCCGAAGCUCUGACCAUAGACCCCAACAACAUCAAGACUAACGCCAAGCUGUACUGUAACAGAGCCACGGUCGGCUCCAAGCUGAAGAAACUGGAUCAGGCCAUCGAAGACUGCUCCAAGGCCAUCAAGCUGGAUGAGACCUACAUCAAGGCCUAUUUGAGGAGAGCGCAGUGCUACAUGGACACGGAGCAGUACGAGGAGGCGGUGCGGGACUACGAGAAGGUUUACCAGACGGAGAAGACAAAAGAACACAAGCACCUGCUGAAGAACGCACAGCUGGAGCUGAAGAAGAGCAAACGGAAAGAUUACUACAAAGUGCUCGGGGUGGAUAAGAACGCCACGGAGGAGGAAAUCAAGAAAGCUUACCGCAAGCGAGCGCUGCUGCAUCACCCAGACCGCCACUCCAGUGCCACUCCGGAGGUGCAGAAGGAGGAGGAGAAGAAGUUCAAGGAGGUGGGCGAGGCCUUCAGCGUGCUGUCAGACCCCAAGAAGAAGUCCCGCUACGACAGCGGCCAGGACCUGGAGGACGACGGCAUGAACAUGGGAGAUUUUGAUGCCAACAACAUUUUCAAGGCGUUCUUCGGCGGUCCGGGAGGAUUCAGUUUUGAAGCCUCUGGACCAGGAAAUUUCUUCUUCCAGUUCGGUUAAUCGGAGGAUCUCGCUACCUAAACAUCUACUACAUCAGGAUUUUUCAGCAGCGUCGACGCCCCUCAGCCCCGCCCUCCAUAUUUAACGACUGACUGGCCUCGGGUCAGACCCUCGUCUAUGCCAGCGACCGAGCGAACAAAACCAAACGGCCACACGCUACCGCCACUCCGCAGCCCCGCCGCGGCGCCGGCCCGGUUGAUAGGCUUACUGGUUUUCUGAAGCAGACCUGAGAGUCAGUAACGGCUACCAACACGGGUCCAGCGGGGGAACACGGAGAGGCAGCGGCGCCACAGCUUGGGAGGGGGGCGGGGUCUCUGCAUGAAACUUGCUCAGUGAUUUUACUUCUUUUGUUUCUUUUUUUUUUUUUUUUUUUUUUUUUUUUUUUACAAAAUCACUGAGCAAAUCCACUCCUGCUUUCCGAGAAUCUGUCAGACCGACAGUCGGCUGCACUGAGAACUGCCUCCACAAGCAAUUGAUCAUUUUAUCGUAAAUUGACAGCAGCGGGAGCCUCGACCGGCACGUUCAGCACAGCAAAGCACACUAGAAAGAAAGCGAGAUGGCGGCGGAGACGGCCGGCGAAGGCCGCCUCCAGCUCUUUUCCCACUUUUUUCUGUUAUUUUCCUCUGUAUAUUUAUUGUAAAUUUGCUGUCUGAUGGAGCUAUACAUAUAAGAUGAAGACUCUCUUCUGUUCAAAACCGGGCACCCUUUAUAAGCAUGUCUUUGACAAAAAAAAAAAAAGAGAAAACACUCAGGAAGUUAACUGUGUUGCUGGGUCUGCAUGAAAUCUUGUGCUGAA